AAAUGGUAGCCUCAUAGCGCGACGUCGAAGCGAAUAAUAUCCAACUUCUUUUCCAUCCACUCAUUCAAAUACUUUUUUGGUACUAUCAGACGAACUUUACGCAGCGGUUCAGACCCAUUUCCUUCCGUUUUCCUUUAUUCCAGAACUCGAAAAUGGCUAGACGGAGGAGACCUCCGCGGGCUGGCGCCGUGAACGAACUACCCCCUCUACGAAUCCUCGGCCAGAUCGCGGCGCUGCAGAGCAUAUACUACGCGGCCGCGCUUGUCCUAAUGCUCUUCACAUCUCUAGUCGCCGGGACUCGGUUUAGCUUGGACCUGGUUUUCGGCUGGGCGGAACUGCGCGGCGACACGACGCAAGGGUGGUUGAUGGGAUUUAUCUGGCUAUGUUGCGCCGGCGCUGCCAUAGUAGCUAUGGUAGCUUUCAUAGGCCGGUCGAAGCUCGUAAUCGAUUUUGCGCUUACCCUCCACUUCAUCCACCUCGUCGUCGUGACCUUUUAUACGGGCUUUUUACCGCGAAACGUUGCCUGGUGGGCUACAGCAAUAGUUUCGAGCGCCGUAACUGUCGUGGGAGGUACUUAUGGCUGCCAGUGGAGGGAAUUGCGGCCCAUCAGUUUUGGAGGCAACGCGAAGAAUAAUAAUACGGAGGGUGGCGCCGCUGCUACAGCGCAGAACGGGGCUGCGGGAAAUCAAGGCGAUGAAGAGAUGGGCUUCUCUAGGGGCCGUGGAAGGGGUAGAGGGAGAGAUGGAGUUGGAGAGUACGAAAUGGUUGGCAUGAGUGGCGAUGGGAGUCGAUAAUGUUUUUACCCUUUUUGUGGGAUAUAUCGGUCCAUAAUCAGUAGGACUUGUAUGAAUACUGCAUGCACGGCGUUGGGUUUCUUCGAAGAAUAAAUAAAAGCCUCGAGGCUUGGAACUACUUAUGUUCCGUGCCAUGGUAUUAUAUCUGGUUGUGUUGGAUAUUAUAGACGAAGGCAUGACGUAUAUACACAGGGGCUUAUAAGUACAGUAUCUUUGAAUACUUGUCCUUAUCCGUCUCAACCUACAAGACCAAGCCCGGGUUCACUCGUGAUACUAUCAGUGGCCAGUUCAAGGAUCUAAGAUCGACUAGAAGUAGAAUCGAACCUAUGGGAACUUAGACAGGUACUUGAGUGUCAGCCCAGAGCAAC